UCCCAUACCCUUUUCCUAUGCCAUUUUGAAAGUGGCUCCUUUUGUUUCACCAACUACCUUUUUUUUCUUUGAAUAAAAAGUAAAUAUUUUUCAAAAGAUUCCCCAACGUGAGAUCGUGACUUUGAUUUUCAAUCCACUCCCUUGUUUGUUGGUUGACUUUUAUCUUGCUUUCAUGUUCUACCUAUCCUGAAAUUCUGACUGGUACAAAGUUUGAUACCAUAGUGUUUGAUUUUUCUGUAUAUAUAAACUUUAAACUUUGAUGGUUUUUUAUGGAUACCCUUUUUGAAGAAUUACUUGUUUCUUCCAUGAAUGAUUUUAACUUCAACCAAGGUACAAAUCAAAAUAUAGUGGAGUCUAGAGAAAGGUCUCCACAUGAAACAAAUCAUCCUCAAUUGAGUGAUUCAAGCCAAUCUUUGAGCUUGGUUUCGGUGGGAGAUUCUCCAGGCUCUACCUCUACCGACUCCUUUAAUGCUACACUAAAGUAUCUAAGUGAGAUACUCAUGGAAGAGGAGGAUUUGGAGAGAAAGUUCUUGAUUUUGGAGGACCCUUUGGCACUCCAAGCUGCUGAAAAGCCAUUUUAUGACGUGCUUGGCCAGAAUUAUCCCCUUUCUUCCAAUAAAGGUGCAAACUCAUCUUCUGAUUCUGGGUCUCGGUUCAAUACCCAUCUGAGUCAAGAUUCAGUUUCUGAUCAUGUACAAUCUGUUGACCAUUUUAGGAGGACAGGGGAAGCUAGUUCAUUUUGUUAUAUGGGCAAUACCCAGAUCUUUGACUUGGAGAGUUUGGAGUAUAAUGUACCAGAUGAACCGAAGGGAAAGAGGAGUCUUCAGAGAGAAUAUGGUGAGAGUCAAGAAGAAAGUAGGAAAAUCAAGCAAUCAGGAGUUUAUAGUGAUGAUUCUGAGGCAGCAGAGAUGUUUGACAGAGUACUACUCUAUCAAGAUGAUAGUACUGAAUCUACUGAGUCAACUGUUCGUCAGAAGUUCUCACAGAAUGACCAAGCAAAAGGGUCUGGUAGAAAGGCACGUUUUUCGAAGAAAAGAGAUUAUAACAAGAAAGAAACGGUGGAUUUAUGGACCCUUUUGACUCAUUGUGCAGAAGCAGUAGCUGGCUAUGACCAAAGAACUGCAACUGAACAAUUGAGACGGAUAAGGCAGCAUUCUUCUCCUCGUGGAGACGCAACUCAAAGGUUAGCUCACUACUUUGCUAAUGGCUUUGAAGCACGCUUGACUGGAAAAAAAGUAGCUUCAUAUUCAGCUCUUAUAAGUAGUGAGAUGUCCUUCGCUGAUAUCUUGAAAGCUUACCAAGUAUACAUUACUGCCUGCCCUUUCUACAGGAUGACCUUUUCAUUUGCUAACCAAACAAUUAAGAAACUAGCAAAGAACGUAAAAAAUGUUCACAUCAUUGACUUUGGUAUUCUCUAUGGUUUCCAAUGGCCUGAGCUUAUCCAACGUCUCUCACAAACACCAGGAGGCCCUCCAAAGCUUCGAAUAACAGGAAUUGAGAUACCCCAACCAGGUUUUCGACCCUCAGAGAAGGUGGAAGAGACUAAGCGUCGUUUAGAUAAUUAUUGUGAGAGAUUCAAUGUUCCAUCUGAGUACACUGUGAUUGCUCAGAAGUGGGAAACAAUCCGUUAUGAGGAUCUCAAUAUCGAUCGAGACAGAGAUGAGCUUGUUGUGGUUAACUGUUUGUAUCGCUUAAAGCACAUACCAGAUGAAACAGUGGUGAUGAACAACCCAAGAGACACUGUGUUAAAGCUGAUAAGGAGAAUAAGCCCUGACCUUUUCAUCCAUGGUGUUGUUAAUGGUACAUAUAGUGCACCUUUCUUCAUGACAAGGUUCAAAGAGGCACUGUUUCACUACUCACCCUUGUUUGACAUGUUUGACACUACCGUACCUCGCCAAGAAGAGUACAGGUUAAAGUUUGAGAAAGCAGUGUAUGGAAGGGAUAUAGAGAACGUGAUAGCGUGUGAGGGGUUGGAUAGAGUUGAGAGGCCAGAGACUUACAGGCAGUGGCAGGUUCGGAACACAAGAGCUGGGUUCAAGCCGAUCCCACUUGACCAAGAAAUCUUUGAGGCUGUGAAGAACAGUGUACACACGAGUUACGACCACAACUUUGUUAUUGAACGACAUGGUGAGUGGUUGCUGCAAGGUUGGAAAGGACGUCGUAUAUAUUGUCUCUCUUUUUGGAAACCUACUUGAGACAGAGAGAGAGUUGAGACUUGACUAGUUAGAUUUCAAGUUUAAACUGUUGUGUGCUUUUUCUUCUUGUACUAGAUAAUUGAGGCAAGGCCGGCCACACACGGAGUCUCAUCCCAUAAAUACCAUAUCUAACAAAAAAGUUAAGCAUUGUUGAUUCAUAUGGCUAGGUAGGUCCAGAGUCCUGCCGUGACCUGACCUAUCCUGAAGUGGAAAGGGCCUUCGCCCUAUGAGGUUUUAUAUCUUUUUUGUUUAGAAAGCAAUCACACACGGACCAAGGGUGGAGAUGGAUUCUAUUAACUCUCGAGUUGGCCUCGAGAGAUGCGAUUGUUCGAGGAUAUUCCUAACCACCCUUCAAACUUCAAGACCCAAUUUUUUUUGGAUGAAUGGCCUCGACCCAUCCAAGUUCUACUCAUUCUAAUGUCCUCUUAAGUCUUGUCUUCGUAUUUUUUGAGCUUAAAUUUCAUCUUUUUCUUAAGCUCGACUAGUUAUACUUUUACUGUUGUACAACCAAUUAUGAUCGCCCAAAGUCGACCAAGGAGAUGUCUUUCGACUUGAAUUUUACCUUAGUGUAAUUAUCACAAAGUUUGUU